CAUAUAUGUCUCACUCCUGCGACGCAAGCCCUCGCGUGUGGAUAAUCGUGAAAAAUCGUAACAAUGAAGAUCGUCUUCGUCCUGGCGGCCUGUUUGGCGGUCGCCUUGUCGACAAAGGUAAACUACGCGAAUUACAAGGUUUUCCGUAUUACCCCACAAAAUGAGGAACAGCGACAAAUCCUGCUCAAUUUGGAGGAAAACAAUCCUGGCGUCAUCUUCUGGAAACAUGUGAGGAAUGUCGGUUAUCCCGUUGACAUUAUGACGCCACCCCAUCUUCAAGCCAUGGUCGAAGACUUGGCCGACUUUAAGAUUGAAGUUAACGAAAUGCUCGGGGACGUUCAGAGUCUUAUCGUCGCCGAAGAGGCAGCCUCCGCCAAGGCUGAUCCAAGGCUGAGCUGGGAUGCUUAUUAUUCCGUUGAUGAGAUUAACGCUUUUAUCAACGAGACGGCCGCCGCUCACCCAACCAUUGCCACCACGGGUGUUUACGGGCGCUCCCACGAAGGUCGGGACCUAAACUAUAUCAGACUGAAUAAGGGAAACACUCGCAAGCCUGUGAUUUGGGUUGAUGCCAACAUUCACGCGAGGGAAUGGAUCACCAACGCCGUGUGCACCUGGAUCAUUAAGGAGCUCACCAGUGGUGAUGCUACCAACUGGUUGGACAACUUCAACUUCGUCAUCGCCCCCAUGCUCAACCCCGACGGGUACACGUACAGUCGAAGCACUGACCGAAUGUGGAGAAAGACACGAUCCAACUUUGCUCCAGGAUCCACCUGCAGGGGUGCUGACCCCAACAGGAACUUCCAAUUCGAUUGGAAUACCGGUGGUUCUAGCAAUGCUCCUUGCAGCGACACCUUCAUGGGAGUGUCCGCCCUUUCCGAACCGGAAGUCUCUGCUACGGCCGCAUUUAUCCAGAGUAUCGCCCAAACUGAUGACCUCGUCUUUUACCUCAGUCUUCACAGCUACAGUCAACUUAUCCUUAUCUCAUAUGGAACUGCUCGAGGUCGCAUUCCCGAUCAUAACAGGCACAUGACGGUUGGAAAUGCAGCCGCCGCGGCAAUUGCGCGUCGAUACGGGACUCAAUUCACCCCUGGAAAUAUUGUCGAGCUUCUAUAUGUCGCCAGUGGUGGAAGUGGAGAUCACGUGAAGGGAAUUAACAACCCCGACUUGGCUUACACUUUUGAGAUGCGAGACACUGGACGAUAUGGCUUCCUUCUGCCGCCAGAUCAAAUUAUUCCAAGCUGUUUGGAAUUCAUGGACGGGUUCAAUGUCAUCCUGACCGAUUUGGCUGCCAGACAUCCAGUCCCAUAAGAUGGGAGGGGCUCAGGCUAAAUUUCAUCUAGCUAUGAAGGAAACUAUGUGUAGAGAUUAGUAUCAGAAUAAAAUAAAAUAUCCGUAUUGCGAAAUAAU